UCAGAUGAAAGGAUUAGAGAAGAUCCAGUUGAAAAUGAUUUGAUGUGCGGUAUAUCAGGGAGUGAGGGAAAUACAAUUGAUUCCAAAGGUGAUACUCAUCAGCUUGAUGAAGUAGAACAGAAUAAUGAAGAGGCAAAGCUUAAGAAAGAAAAUGAUUAUGGAAAAAAAUGUGUACAAGAUAAAUCAAACAUACCUUUGGAUACUGAGGAAAAAGGAAAAGAGAACACGGAAGGAACAGAUUUACACAAUGAAAUCUUAUCUAGAACAGAAUAUCCAAAAACCGAAGAAAGACUCUUCCCUGAAGAGGAGGAACUCCUCUAUGAUGAAGACAGUGAAGAUGAUGAUGAUGAUGAUGACAAGAAGGGAUAUGAUUCUGGGGAAACAUCACAAAUGAAAUCCCCACACUUAAGCAAAAAUAAAUGUCUUCAACCGCAAACAAGUAAACAGGGGUCCACAGUUGAUACAGAAAAUUCUCAGUGUAUAAAAAAGGAUGUAAAGUCUGUUAGUCCUAAAAGAGUAACCAGAAACCAUUCAGCUGAAAGAGAGGAUUUAGAAACUGAGGGAGGAGCAAGAGGAAGACAGUGCAGGUCCUCACCCAGGAAGGUAGGCAAAAGUGACAGCAGGAAUGACCUCUCAAGAAGUCGGUCACCACCAGGUAGACCAAAUAGAAAGAUUGGGAAGUUGACAACACUCGACAAAAAGUACAAUAUUAGUGAAAAUGACAGCGUCAGUCCCCUGCAAGUUAAGGAAAAGGAGAUGCAAGCCAAAUAUGAGGAGAAGCUAGCAGUGGCAUUUGGCAGGAAGACAAGACACGGCCAGAAAGCAAUUGAAAUGAAGGAUACAAAUGAAAUAAGUUCUUUGGAUAGAGAAAAUGGAAGAAACAAUGAUACUGAGAAUAUACCCUCUGAAGAUAAGAAUAAACAAUUAAAGCUUGUAAGUGAAAGUGAAGAUAACUGUGUGAAAGAGUGCUCUAAACAAGAUAAGCCAUGCACACCUGUAAAUACUGAAGAUGGAAGAGAGAACACAGAAGGGACAGGUUUACACAAGGAAAGUAAUACUGAACCAACAAAGAAGCCUGAAGAGAGUCUUUUCCCUGAAGAGGAGGAACUCCUUUAUGAUGGAGACACUGAAGGUGAUGAUGAUGAUGAUAAGAAAAAUGCUGAGGAAACCUUAACACCAGAAGCAAGUGCAAUGAAGUCCACAGUUGAUGCAGGUAAUUCUCAGGUAGAUGCCAUAAAAGAAAACGAUGGUAGAUCAGUAACAGAAAGUGUGCAGGAUAGUCCUAAAAUAACAAGAAACCAUUCAUCCAAAAGAGACAUUGAGAACGUGCAGAGUGCAAGAGGAAGGAAAUGCAGUGGUUCACCCAGAAAGAACGACAAAAGUGACAGCAGCAAAGAUCUCUCAAGGAGUCGAUCACCACCAGGUAAAUCAAGCAGAAGGAUAACGAAGUUGACACCCAGCAAGAAGAGUGAGAUCGUGCAAAAUGAUAGUGUGAGUCCCCUAAUGGUCAAGGAGAAGGAGAUGCAAGCAAAGUAUGAAGAGAAGAUGGCAGUGGCAUUUGGCAGGAUCACGAGACGAGGCCAAAGGGCAAAUGCAGAACUAGAUGACACAGAUAGACUAAGUCCGCCAGCACAUUCAUCGAAUAGAGUGAGUGCUAGAAACACUUCGAGACGUAGAGAUAGUGAGAGCCCACCAAGGGAGAGAUUGAGAAAGCCUCCAAGGAAUAAAGAAGGCGAGCACAUGAGAGCAGAUCAUGAGAAGAUCCAUUCAGAAAGGAGCACCACUUCAAGAAAUAGCGAUUCUAGACUGAGAGCAAAAAGGAUGCAGGGGAACGAAGUGGAAGAAACAAAGAGAAAUAAAAGUUUACCAAAUGCAGCGCAACAAAGGAGACCGUCAAAUUUGGAUGAGGGUGUACGUGGGGAGGUACGGUGGAAGAGACAGCAAUCUGAGUCACCACCGACUCACAGAAGACGACAGCGUGUGCAUGAUAGGCGAAUGAGAGAUGAUGGAGAUUCUCCAGACAAGGGAAGUCAUAUCGGAAAGAUUAAGAACAGAAAUGACAUGAAAGAAGAUAGAAAUCAUGGUGAUCCACUACCCAAAGUUCAGAGAGAGAGGAAUUGUGUACAGGACCAACAGACUCGAAACAAAGUACCAGUAGAUAGCAAACUGUUACAUAAAAUUUUAUGGGAGUCUCCAAAGAAGAGCAUUGUCCAGGAUGAUGAAAAAGAAGAAGGGGAGCUAGAUGAAGAUGAAGAAGAAGGGGAAUUAAUAAGUGAAGCAACAAACCGUGGGGAGGCCAAACACAAAGGUACAAAGGAGUCUCAUUUUUCCAAAUCAGAAGUAGAUACAAGACGACGGAAUGAACCAAGAUGGGAAUCAAAGAAUGCCAGGCCCACAAGAAAAAGCGAGAUGUUGAAAUAUGAAAAAGCUUUACAAGAAGCCAAAGAAAAACAUCGAAGAGCCGAAGAAGAUAAGAAGAACAAACUCCCAAGUAAGGAACCAGCUCUGUCUAAAUGCCACAGGCCUGAUAGGGCUAAAGAUAGUUUUAUUUGGGAGAAGCAAGAUAAGUUUACAGAAAGAGAUAAGAAGGUUAAUCAGGUCAGUGAAGCAAAUGCAGAGAAGAGAAGGCAGAGUAUGAGAGCAAGGCACUUAAGGACGUUAAUGGAGGACGACACAACUUUUUAUCCAUCAGAUCUUUUCCAAGUUACACCCAUUUUGGCUGUCCCGGAAAAGUUAGGCCCUCCCUCAGGAAGUGAUGAUACCAUUGACAUACUAGUAAAGCAGAACCAUGAGAAGUACGGCCAGGACAGCCUCAGCACCAGUGGAGACUCGGAGAUGUCACUGCUGCAUUUUAUUCGUGAUCCUGAAACGAAGAGACAUGCCCCUUCUGACCGUAAAUCUUCCUCUUUGAAGGCAACAGGGGAUCCAAAGGACGACACAAAGAAUCAAGUAGAGGUUAAGUUUAAGGCAAAAGAGCAGGUCGAACCCAGAGGUCUUGCAAUUGAGAAAGCCAGUGAACAAAGUUUGGUAAAAGACAAUAAUGUUACUAUUGCAGACACACCACUGAUUGGUGAUCUGGAGCAAGAGCAUGAUGACCAAAAUUUGUCAGGUCAUAAAAGCCCGUUGAACCAGAGUGUAGACGAAAUGGUGACGGAGGCUGGAGAGGACGAUGACUGCCACACUGAAAACAGCUUGGAAACAAGAAAUGAUCGAGUAGCAGAGAACACUACAGAGAUGGAAAGCACACAUGAAGGCGGGUAUAGCAAUGUACCUGUGUUGGAUGACGCCAGUGCCACAGCUCAGUCUACUGAUGCCCACGAAGACAAUUCAAGCAGUUCAAGUGACUCAGACUCGGAUUCAGACUCAGACAGUAGUGAUUGCCAAUGCAGCAAAUGUGGGAACAGUAGUAGCAGUAGCAGCAGCAGCAGUAGUAGCAGUUCAAGUUCUUCAGAUUCUGAUAGUGACUCAGAUGCAGUCAUUGAAGAAACCCCACAAGAGGCAACAAAUACAAGUGUAGCUGGAGGUGAGCGAGACCAAAGUAAAAUAGUGAGCCAUGCGAACAAGAAAUCUCCAAGAAAAACUCCACGGAAAUCACCGUCCAAGCGAGAGAAAUCACCGAAGAAACCCUCACCCACUAAGUCGCCCCACAGGACCAGUAAGACCCCACGCAAGAUGCUAAAGACACCACACAAAUCUCCUGGAAAGGUUCCCAAAACUCCAGGAAAAACGCCGUGUAAGAAACUUGGAAAGACACCCAAAAAGUCACCUAGUAGCAAAUUUAAAGAGCCAGGUGUUCAGAUUUAUCCGGAUCUCCACAGCAUGUUGGAGAAGAAUGGCGUGACUUCAGCCGAUGAUAAAAAACAGAAUGCGGCUUGUAAUUCACAGGCACCAGGUACAAAACACAAUGCCAACAAAGGCCAUGUGAUAUCACCGCCACAGAUACAGAUGCUGAUUUGUUCCCACGACGAUCUGAAAUCCCAGGCCAGGAAGCGAGAGGAAUCAGGUAGUGAAUCCCAGUCUCGGAAUUCAAUUGGCAACGGAGCCCCAGCUGCACCUUCAAGUAGUGCAUCAUCGUCCACUAUCCAGAAAGUUUUCGUUCGACGUCGGGCGAGGAGACCUGCCAAUUUCUCACCAACCAAAUCUGCAGCAAUGAGUUUAUCGUGCGUGAGCGGGAAUAGUGCCAUCUCUCUCGUGCACAGUGACCAACAGCCGUCAGGAGAAACAUCAAAUUCUGAUCCCAAAAGCAUCCAGGAUGAGAGCGUAUUCAAAGAAGGAAAUCUUGCCACAUCAGACGGUAAUGGAGAGGAAAUAAUCUCACGGAAGAGAACCAGAACUUCCAUCAGUGAGAAAACCACGGCCAGUAAGCGUUCCAGAAUGUUAUCUCCAGAAUCUAGGAAGGAAAUAACUGUCAGCAGAGAAAAUGUGGAAAGAAAAACAAGUGAGAAUGAUGCUGCAAUGUCUGCGGAAAGUCCAGCUAAAGCCAGCGAAACGGGUACAUCAACGAAAGCCACCGGAGCUCCGAAAGAAUCCAACUUCGUGCCAGAAGAAACGACCGACGGACCAGUGAGAACGUCGACCGAUUCUUCAAGAGCGACCGCAGGAAACGGAAAGUCAACCGUUGAAGUAUCGACAACAGAUAGCAAGAUCAUCGUCCCCGUUAAGAUACGACGAGUGAAAAGACAGCUCAACCUCGGACUCUCUAGCUCCGUUUCGAGCGUGGUCUCUUCCGUGCCCGAAAGAAAGUCGCCCUCGAAGUCCACUGCGGCCUCGACGUCUGCCUCUACUCCGCCUCCAGCUAAGGACAGGAGCAAGUCCGUUGAAAACUCUCCGACAAGCCUUAGAAGAAGUCCGAGAAAGAAGCUGGUGCCUACGUAGUAUGUGUAGAUCCAUGUAAAAAUUGUAUAUAUUCUAUUGCAAUAUCUUUUUUUUUCUGACGAGUUUAUGCCAAUAUUUCUAUAGUUUUUUUCCAGGUUAUAGAAGAAGUACGA